GCAGCCGGGGGAGGUGGAGCCGCUUUAUCGAGAGCCCAAGUGGAAAUUUCCCCCUCAGUUGCCGGCUCCACCGCGGAGGAGACAUCAGAGCUAGCUGCGCGUCCUUGUCGUUCUCGCCCGCCGCCAUGUCUAACUACAUCCACGUCCCGCCCGGCUCCCCGGAGGUGCCUAAGCUGGACAUCACCGUCAGCGAGCGGGAGGGGCCCGGCUGCCGCCAGGGCGCCCUGCAGCUGCUGCGCCGCCUGCGGCCCCAUUGGAGACCCGAGGAGGUGACGCUGCAGCUGUUUACUGAUGGAAUCACCAAUAAAUUAAUUGGCUGCUACGUGGGUGACAUAACAGAUGAUGUAGUUCUAGUUAGGAUCUAUGGAAACAAGACUGAGCUCUUAGUUGACCGUGAUGAAGAAGUGAAGAGUUUCCGUGUGUUGCAGGCCCAUGGCUGUGCACCUCAGCUGUACUGUACUUUCAACAAUGGCUUGUGCUACGAGUUCAUGCAGGGAGAAGCCCUGGAUCCUGAGCAUGUAUGCAAUCCUGAUAUUUUCAGACUCAUUGCCAGACAGCUUGCUAAAAUCCAUACUAUCCAUGCUCACAAUGGAUGGAUCCCUAAAUCUAACCUGUGGCUGAAGAUGGGGAAAUACUUCUCUCUUAUACCCACAGAGUUUGCAGAUGAGGAAGUGAAUAAAAGGUUUUUAAGUGAAAUUCCAAGUCCUCAAGUUCUUCAGGAAGAGAUGGCCUGGAUGAAGGAAAGACUGUCAAAUUUAGGAUCACCAGUGGUACUCUGUCACAAUGACCUGUUGUGUAAGAAUAUUAUUUACAACAAGAAACGAGGUGAUGUGCAGUUCAUAGACUAUGAGUACUCUGGAUACAACUACCUGGCUUAUGACAUUGGCAAUCACUUCAAUGAAUUUGCAGGAGUAAAUGAAGUAGACUACAGUCUUUAUCCCAACAGAAAAUUGCAGGAACAGUGGCUGAGAUCUUACCUCGAGGCCUACAAAGAAUAUAAAGGAUUUGGCACAGAAGUCAGUGAAAAAGAAGUUGAAGUUCUAUAUGUUCAAGUCAAUCAAUUUGCACUGGCUUCCCACUUCUUUUGGGGAUUGUGGGCUCUAAUUCAAGCCAAAUAUUCCACCAUUGACUUUGAUUUUCUAGGGUAUGCAAUUGUUCGUUUUAACCAAUAUUUCAAAAUGAAGCUGGAGGUCAUGAUGUUAACUCUCCCAGAGUAAAGAAGAAGAGUAAACUUACCAAGUGAAUAGAGAAUCCCUGAAUCUUUUCUGAACGGAUACUGGAAAAAAAGUUAAACAUUUGUUGAAGUUCUGUAAUGCUCACUUGGUGGUUCUUGCUUUAUAAAUAAUGCCUCUAAACAGUCCUUCAAUGUUAAAUUUAAUAUGAAGAGCAUACGUACUGCUGUUGAUAUAAAAUGGAUUAGAAAUUUGCUAAAUCUGAAAAACUUGUAGAAAUGGCAAUUUAAUCCUUUUUUGUAAUUUAACAUGUUGUAUGUGAAAUAUUUAUUUUAAGUUUAACAUGAUUCCAUUGCUGCUUUCAUCAGUUUUUGUAAAAGUUGGGUGCAGAUGGUGAAGUUUUUCCAAAGGAUUUGUUUAACAACUUGUUUUAUUGAGCUGCAUUAACUUAUAUUAGGAUCUACACAGUCAGAGGAUAUCAGCCUUUUAGAUCUGUACAGUCAAAAUGUGAGAUACUGGUCACAGGUGUGUAGUAACUAGGGGAAAAGGUUAGGAUGAUCUUUUUAAGUUUUUUUUUUUAAUUUUAUAAAGAAAAAGGUAGCUUUCCAUCUUAUGGUACUUAUCUUUUGUAUAAGAAUCAGCCUUCUUGCUAAAGUGAUAAAUGAUGUUUUGACUUUCCUUUCUUUGUGUUAAGCUGUUGAAGCGUGAAUGUUCUGUGGCCAUCAAAUUCUUUUAGACUCCAUACCAUCACAGUGUUAGAUGGGAAGUGUACCAUCUCUAACUUCUGUGGGAAAGCUGCUUGCUUAUUAAGCGUACUUCUUAAACAAAAGACCACUGUUCAAAAUUUGUAUUAUUUUUUGAAACUUGAUUCAAAAUUUGAACACUAUUCUGGUCUCUGAUAUGCUUCAGCAGUAUCUGGCGAAAUGGACUAUUGAACUGCAAAUUAGUGAGCAGAGAUCCUGUUGCACUGGGGAGCAAGACACUUAGGUUUACAGUUUGUUAUAUUGUAUAUUGUCUUCUGCUUUGUCAUCAUCUAACCUUGGAUUCUAGUCUUAAAUGCUUGAUCCUGUUGUUGCAAAUUCUGUGAGUCUGUUUUUCUUCUGUGGCAGCAGAUUAUGUUUCAAAAUCUCCAGUUUGAAGGAUAACAUGAAGAAGUAUGACUUGAACAAUGGGACUUUGAUAGUCACACACAGCUUUUUAAAGCUAUUAUACCAAGAAUGGCCUGGAUUGCAAAAUGUGAAUUGAAAAGAAAACGUUUACUUAAGAAAACCAUAUGUAAGCUUAAGUGGAAAAGAGGCUUUAAAACUCUUUUAGAAGAGAUGGGGAGAAACAACAAAAAUAAAACCAAUAAGGCAAUUUGGAGUUGGGCAGGCAUAUACUCAGCUCUUGGGUGUACUCUGAAAAACUUUGCACUUUGGUCACUUAAGUGCCCACAUGUACAAAGUCUGUGUGUGCAUAUACACAUGCAGUCACAAACUUAGCUGAGGAGUAAAUAUUAUGGGGAGAAGCUCCAGCAAAGAUAUUUAUUCUAACUUGCUUUGUGACAUACUGUUGUGUGUGUGUGUAUAUAUACAUAUAAAUAACAUAUACAUACAUGUGUGCUUUAAAGCUUUUUUGAUUCUUUUAAUACAAAGAAGGUUGAUGUGAAUGAAGAAUUUUCACCUUGAACAACCAUUUUGAAUGGCAUUUUUUCUUUUUCUUUUUUUUUUUUUUCAAAUAAAAGCAAGGGUUGGUUUUUUCACUCUUGUUUAUAUUCAUCUCUGAAACUUUUCUUUUUUGUUGUUUUUUAAUUAUUUAGUCAAAACCUUAACUGUAAUGCAAUGGUAAAACUGGGCUUUAUUUUUUUUCUGUAACUUGAAGUUGGAUAACCCUUUUUGUUAGCAUUUGCUAGCUGGAGGCUAAUAUACUGGACAAACUAUCUUGGUAGUUAAAUAGAAAUGAAUAGCUAAAAUUGACAUUUAUAUUUUCUUUUGUAGUGGAUAUAGAGGAUGUUGCUAGAGCUCAUGAAAGCACUGAAGAUUCUCAUUUUCUGUAGUUUCCCCCUGUAGGCAUGAUUGACAUAUAUUGAGUAAUAGCCUGCUGUCUUUGUAGUCCCUUCAAGUAUGGCAUGAUCUCUUUGGAAGUAAGGUUGAUAAAGAUUUUAGAACUUGAUUUUUUUGUUUAUUUUCUUCAAAUGGUGUCUUUGUUUCUGGCAAUGUUGCUUUGUUUUUAAAAAUGUGUAAGAGGCUGUGAAAUUCAGUUGGUCUUGGGAAAUCCAGCACUUGACAGAUCCUGUCUAACUUUCCCAACAGCUUGCAACCCACAUUCCCUUUUCAAGUACCAGUUCUAUUUAAGUUUGAAAUCAGUGUAACUUUUUUUCAUAGUGUUUUGUUUAUAUAGUUCAAGUAGCAAUAACUGUAGAAGUGGAAACUUAGAAACUUGCUUCUGCAGAACCAAAGCUCUUUGUGAACGCAGCUCAAUCUCAUUCUUAUGGAAUUAAUUUCCACUGAAUCUCCCAUAAAAGCACUUUCAAGCAGAUAGUAAAUACUGCAAGCUUUUUCUGAGCCAUUUUGAAGAAGCACAAGGAUUAUCACAGGUUAUAGUGGUCAACUUUGCAGUACUGAUAGAGGCUUUCAUUUUGCAUGUUGAAGUUCAUUUUACACACUUUAAUACUGCUUUGCAUCAGCUUUCUUUCAAGACAAGUACAGAAUAAAACAAUUCCUGAUACAAGGUUCGGAGAAAAUACUGUAAACUUUUCCAAAAUGAAAUGCCAGUUACCUUGAUUUUUGUACCACAUCACAUUUAGCCAGUAGCACUCAGAUAUUCUCAUUUGCAACAGAAUAUCUACAGAUGUAUUAAGUUUGAAGCAGUAGUUGUUUUCAAUAGCAUUGCAAAUAUUGAGGUAGCUCGAAACUGUGAAUACAGGACAUUCUGAAUGUAAGUUAGGUACUAAAGCACCAAACUAGAGAAUGUGUACUUGUUCUGAUUAGUUUCUCUCAGUCUCUUAAUAGCAACGUUAAGAUAUUUGAAGGAGGGCAAAAAAGACUGAGCUCUAGAAGCAUCCUGUAGUAGUUUUGACUGUGACUUGCCAAGAAGAUACUCUGUUGCCUUUAUGUUAAGCUAAGGGCAUAAAUGCCAAAAUUAAUAAUUCUUAUUGUAGUUAAACCUGUAAUGUAAAUAUAAAGAGGAUUAUUAAUAAUGGCAUUCUUGCAUAAAUAGCAUCAAGUCAAUAGACCAUAGUGGCCUGGUUGCUUUUGUAAAGCAGAAUAGUGUGAAUUUUUUUCUUCUCAUUUCUGCAGUCAGAUCUGGCUAAUCAGUGCUUAAUUUUUUAAGUCGUUUAAGCAUUACAGAUUUCUGAGUAGCUGAUCUGUUCUUACAUAAUUUUAAAUUCGUUUAUACGUCUUGAUUUGCAUUUUGGAAUUACCAAAUUCGUAUUAACCAGAUCUGACUGUGUAUGUAUAUAAAACAGUGUAAAUAACCAUUUGUAAAUUAGUGUGAAUUGUACUGUACCUUGCUUUUAUGGACUUGUGUAUUGCAUUGUAUUCUCUCCUAUUUUGUAGAAAUUUUGAUGUAAAGAAGAAAUCUAA